AUGAUUCCUAGUGGUGCAACGAGCGGCAUUGUGUCAUCCUUCUACUUGUCCUCACUGGAAGGCAGCACCACCCAAGACGAAAUUGAUUUUGAAUGGCUCGGCAAGAACAACAUGCAGGUUCAGACAAACUACUAUGUCAAUGGAGUCGGUGGACACGAGGUGGUCAUUGACCUAGGGUUCGACGCCAGCCAAAACUUUCAUACCUACGCCGUUACAUACGCGGAUGACAGCAUUCAAUGGUUCAUUGAUGGCGAACUCGUGCGCACCGUCUUGAAAUCCACAAGCAGCAGUUUCCCGUCAAUGAACGUCUAUUUAUACUCCAGUGUGUGGAACGCUUCUUUCAUCAAUGGUGGCUCGUGGGCUGGAGUUUACAGUGACCCUACAAAUGCCCCUUAUACCAUUACCGUCAAGAAUGUCAACAUUCAGUAA